ACCUGUGAUGGGAUAAAGUUUGUUAAUACAUAACUGUCAUGGUUUUCGUUUGUCAGAAGUUUACGUUUGCAUAAAGUAUGCUGAUCCUUAUGAUUCAGAGAAGAAAAUAUACUUGCAAUAGAAACUCAAGUACUGCAUCAUGCGCCACCACAUCUUAUGAUUUUGUAACCAGCUUUGGAAAUGAAAUCACUUCCUGUAGGGUUUUAAAAACACUAGGCAACAUACUAAAAAUCACAACUCAUCUGUGAAGACGGUCAGCCACAGAGACUAAUGGAGAUCGAGAACAUUUAUCAAAAUGUUGAACACAAAGACAUUAAGGACACAUCUGGACCUCAAACACAGAGUCACAGCCAGGAUGAAGGAAAAGCUCAAAAAUGCAGAGGAAGUAGAUGUUUGGUGUUGAUCACAGUGGGUCUCGGGCUCAUUUGUGUUCUUCUGCUGGUCUUCAUCAUACUGCAGCACAUCACCAUCACAGCAGAGAGAGACCUGAUAAAGAGUUACAAGAACACAGUUGAAGAGUUCAAUCAAACCAUCAACAGCUUACAGGACAGUUACACUGAUUUAACACAGAACAAAAUCAAGUUAGAAAGCAAAGUCAGGUCUCUGAGUGAUGAACUGAAGAAGGCAGCAUCAAAAGGAGGUUGGUUCUUCAUGUCCACUGAGUUGAAGAGCUGGUCUGACAGCAGACAGUACUGCAGGGAUCGUGGUGCUGAUCUGGUCAUUAUCAACACUGAAGAGAAGCAGAGGUUCAUAUCUUCAUUAGUCAGUGAGAGAGUGUGGAUUGGUUUGUCUGACACAGAGAACGAGGGCAGCAUGAAAUGGGUGGAUAAUUCACCACUGAAUCAAGGGUUUUGGUUCAAGGGUGAGCCAAAUAACUUUGGUGGAGAUGAGGACUGUAUUGAACUGAAUCCUGAAAAACACAACCUGAACAACUGGAAUGAUCGGUCAUGCUCAGACACGAGAAAAGGGAUUUGUGAGAAAUAGGGUUCAUCUAGUCUUGUCAUGCUUUUACUUGUAUUAUCUUAUGGAAUCAUUCUUAUUGUGAUAUGAGAACGUAUAAUAUCCGAUUGAGGUUCCAGUCCAAUGAACUGCUUUCAAAUGAAAGGGUACUAUUGCACACCAAACCUCUGAUGUGUUCAAUGUCUUGCUCCAUUAUAGCAGCAUGUUAAUAUGUCCAGGAUUCAUGUUAAAAUAUAAAGAGUCUGUGGAACUGCUUUUGAUAUGCAUUGCUUUCUUUCUUAAUAAAAUUGUUUACUGA